GAAUACACACAAAAAUAAUAAUUAAAGAAAAAAAGAAAAACCCUGAACACAGUACCUUACCUUAACCCUCUUCCUCUGUAGGCAACCCGCUGCUAGAGACCGGAGAGACUCCAUAGAGAAGAGAAUUUCGGUGCCGCCAAAAGUUACACUCCACCACGCGCCAUCCUCUUCAUUUUGAGAUAAAGAGAGAGAGAGGCGUCAAUCUGAAUGGGUUACAUCCGCUAUGGAAGACACAGUCUCAGACACAUAUUCAGAUUCAAAACCGCGACCGGUGUGGUCACGAAUUCCGCGAGAUCGCAAUCAUCGCCAACUUUGCCUCCAUUGCCCUCCCAUUCGCAUUCCCGUUUCCUCGGUAACGCUCUCUUCUCCGCCACCUCCGAGGCGCGAAUCGUGCAGGACCUCCUCGCCGAGGUGGAGCGCGACCGCCUCCGGGAGCGGAACGAGCGGCUGCGCCUGGGCCUAGACACCGCCGACAUCGACGCCGAGCCCUCGCACGACUACAUGGGCGUGGGCCCCCUCAUCGAGAAGCUCGAGAAGGAGAAGCUCAAGGAUUCCCCCGACCUCCGCCGCUACGAGGAGCCCACCGACUCCGACGACGACUCCGACGAGGACACCAUGGAGGACGUCGACAAGCGCCAAAGCGACUUCGAGCGCAAGUUCGAGCGCCACCAGGACCUCCUCCAGAGCUUCACCGACGCCGAAACCCUAGACGACGCCUUCAAGUGGAUGGCCAAAAUCGACAAAUUCGAGCACAAGCACUUCCGCCUCCGCCCCGAGUAUCGUGUCAUUGGCGAGCUCCUGAACCGCCUCAAGGUCGCCACUGAAAUCAAGGACAAGUUUGUUCUUCAGAACAAGCUUAAUAGGGCGUUGAGGCUGGUAAGGUGGAAGGAGGCUUAUGAUCCUGAUAACCCUGCCAAUUAUGGUGUCAUUCAGGGGGAGCAGCCGGAUGCUGCGGCUCCCGCCGAUGCGAAGGAAGAGGCUGAGUUGGAGAAGGAGAAACUGAUUGGGGAAGGAGAUGGUGGUGGUGAGAAGGAGGAGGAGGAGGAGUUUGAUGACAUGAAGGAGAAGGAUAAUAUACUGCUGGCCAAGCUUGAUGCUAUUGAUAGGAAGCUUGAGGAGAAGUUGGCGGAGCUCGAGUAUACGUUUGGGAGGAAGGGGAAGGCCCUCGAGGAAGAGAUCAAGGAUCUUGCUGAGGAGAGAAACGAGUUGACUGAGAAGAAACGGAAGCCGCUUUACCGGAAGGGUUUUGAUACAAGAUUGAUAGACAUGAACCGAACUUGUAAAGUCACCAAGGGAGGACAAGUUGUUAAGUAUACUGCUAUGGUAGCUUGUGGCAACUAUAAUGGUGUUAUUGGUUUUGCAAAAGCCAAAGGCCCUGCAGUCCCCGUUGCCCUUCAGAAGGCGUACGAGAAAUGCUUUCAGAAUUUGCAUUACGUUGAGCGACAUGAGGAGCAUACAAUUGCACAUGCAGUACAAACGUCUUAUAAAAAGACCAAGGUGUAUCUGUGGCCUGCUCGUACUACAACUGGCAUGAAAGCUGGCAGAACAGUCGAAUCCAUUCUGCAUUUAGCUGGUUUAAAGAAUGUCAAGUCGAAGGUCAUUGGUUCCAGAAAUCCUCAUAAUACAGUUAAGGCCGUCUUCAAAGCACUUAAUGCGAUUGAAACGCCAAGGGAUGUCCAAGAGAAGUUUGGCAGGACUGUGGUUGAGAAGUAUCUGUUGUGAUGACAUUUGAGUUCAGUGGUCUUGGUUUGGUUGUCUUCCAUUGAAUCUCUUAUUUACCAAGAAUUGGAAGACAGUUUCCCAAAUUCAUUACUUGUGAACAUUUACUAUGGAAUUUUGCCUGUAUUUAACUUUUUGUUCGUAAAUGCAAAAGGAACAUUAGUUUAGGAAGGUUCCUUUUGAAUUAUGCGAUUUUCUUCCUCACCUUUUAUGAGGCAUUGUACCAUACACUCCUUUUAGCUGCAUUCAAUUUACAAUCUCUCAUACUCACGCCUUCAAAAGGAUAGUCAAAAGUGAGAACGCAUAGCUCAAUGAAUGAUGUUUGGCAAAA